AUCAUUUGAAUAUUAAAGCCUUUCACCAUUUCUCCCUCAUCUGCAAAUUAAAACUACGGCGACUUGAUCUUCUGAAAUCGAAAUCUACACACAUUAAUCGGCGGCGAUGAAGAUCAGAUUGCAGUCGCUUCUCCCGUGCUGUUUUAAGGUCACCGUCGACGGCGAUAAUCCGACGACGAAGGUGAAGAAAGAGGAUCCGAAGCAGCAGCAGCAAAGUUCGUUUCAGUUUCAGAGGGUUUCGUUUUCGGAUUUGAGCGCCUCAACUCUCUCCUCCGAUCUCUCAAUCUCCCUCGCCGGUUCCAAUCUCCACGUUUUCACGGUCCAGGAGCUCCGAGUGAUCACUCACGCCUUCUCGUCCAGUAAUUUCCUCGGCGAGGGCGGGUUCGGCCAGGUCCACAAGGGUUUCGUCGACGAUAAGCUCCGCCCCGGUUUGAAGGCCCAGCCGGUGGCCGUUAAGCGUCUCGACACGGAUAAAUGUACCGAUCAAGGCCACAGAGAAUGGCUGACCGAAGUGGUAUGCCUUGGACAAUUGAGGCAUCCGCACGUCGUGAAGCUGAUUGGGUACAGCUGUGAAGAAGAUCAGCGGCUUUUAGUGUAUGAAUACAUGGCCAGAGGCAGCCUGGAGAAUCAGCUCUUCAGAAGAAUUUCAGCCUCGCUUCCGUGGGCCACACGAAUGAAGAUUGCAAUGGGAGCUGCCAAGGGUCUGGCUUUCCUACAUGGAGCUGAAAAACCAAUCAUAUUUCGCGAUUUCAAGGCUUCAAACAUCUUACUAGACUCUGAUUACCGUGCCAAAUUGUCAGAUUUCGGGUUGGCCAAGGACGGGCCAGAAGGUGAUGACACGCACGUCUCAACAAGAGUUAUGGGCACGCAAGGCUAUGCCGCCCCGGAAUACAUCAUGACGGGGCAUUUGACGGCGGCGAGUGAUGUGUACAGUUUCGGGGUAGUGUUGCUGGAGCUGCUUACCGGCCGGAAGUCUAUAGACAAGACUCGCCCACCGAGAGAGCAGAACUUGGUGGACUGGGCGAGGCCGCAGCUAAAAGAUCCUCGGAAGCUUCACCGGAUAAUGGACCCGAGGCUCGACGGCAUGUACUCGGAAGACGGCGCCCGGAAGGCGGCGCUUCUGGCGUACAAAUGCCUGAGCCAAAGGUCGAAUGCUAGGCCGACAAUGAGCGAAGUGGUUAGGGUUUUGGAACCGUUGAAGGAUUACAAGGAGGUCCCGAUGGUGACAUUUUUGUACGUAGCUCCCACCGAGAAAGAAAAAGAAGGAGCCGAGCAAAAGGAGGCGAAGAAACAACAACACGGAAAUCACCACCACAACCAACACCGCCAUCAUGAACAUAAUCACCACCACCAUGACCAACGCCACCACCAUGAACAUAAACAUAGUAGGGCCAGGGGUGCCAAGUCUACGACAGUUUACUCAGAAACAGUUCUGCAACAGAAGCUGAGAUCAAAUGAGUCCCCAAUUCAGAGAGCAUAGAGUGAAAUUAUUAGUGAAAACCAAACUGUAUAUACAAAUGUGUGUUUAUAAUUACUUGAAAUUUUGUCUGCUUUUGCCAUAGUUUUAGGAUUAGCGCGUGCAGGCUUAUGUAGCAACCUAGCUUGGAGCAAAAAUGCUCAUAAUAUCUUGGUUCUUUUAUUAAUGUUUUAUUAAUUCCAUGUUUCAUAUGAAUCAAUCUCUUUUAAGGUUGAAAUUAAAUGCCAGUGAUACAUCCAA